AUGCUUGCCGUCUUCACGAUGGCGGCUGUCGCCGCCAUUCUGUAUGUGCUCUGGACACUCCUGCUUCGCUGGCAACACGCUCAGAACGCUCGUCGCUGGAACUGCGGUUCGAUUCCACACUACCCUGGCAAUUGGCUGGGAACCAAUACCCUCAAGGAGGCCCUUCGUUACGACAAGGAACGCUGUCUGCCCCUUUUGUCGCGUCACCGUAUCGAGAAAAUGUCUGCACUCCGCAACCGCUACACCACCACUUUCCAGUUCCGCCAGCUGGGCCAGGAUGUGAUCCUGACAUGUGAACCCAAGAAUGUGCAGGCCGUCCUUGCGCACCAGUUCAAGGAUUUCGAGCUUGGCGAUCCCCGACGUAAUGCUCUCCACUCGCUCCUGGGUAAUGGAAUUUUCACCGCCGAUGGCGAAUACUGGACCCGCUCCCGCGGUCUUCUCCGGCCCCAGUUCACCCGCGAUCAGAUCAGUGAUCUGGAGCUGGAGGAGCGACACGUACAGCAGGCUAUGCGCGCCAUGCCCGUAGACGCGACGGGCUGGACCAUGCCUACCGACAUCCAGACCAUCUUCUUCCGCUUGACUAUCGACUCGGCCACAGAGUUCCUCUUCGGAGAGAGCGUUGAAAGCCAGGCUGCUGCCCUCCGCAGCGGCAGCACGAACGCGGAUGACUUCGCUGCUCAGUUCGACCGCGGCCAAUGGUAUGCCGCACAGCGCGCCCGCUUUGAGAAAAUCUACUGGAUUGUCAACAACAAGGAAAGCCGCGAGAUUGACCGCAACGUCCACGCCUACGUCGAUCGCUUCGUGGAGGCCGCUUUGAGCAUGGAUGCCGAGAAGAAGCCCUCCCACUACGUCUUCCUGCACGCUAUCGCCGAGGUGACUCGGGAUCCCGUUGAACUGCGUUCCCAGCUGCUCAAUAUUCUGUUGGCUGGACGCGACACCACCGCUUCCCUGCUCAGUUGGUGUGUUCUGCUUCUUGCUCGCCACCCCGAGUACUACACCAAACUCCGCGCGGCCAUCCUCGAAGAGUUUGGCUCCUAUGCCUCGCCCAAGCAAAUCACCUUCGCCGGCCUUAAGUCCUGCAAGCCUCUCCAAAAUUUCCUGAGUGAAACCCUCCGCCUCUACUCGAUCGUCCCCGGUAACCGCCGCAUCGCCGUUAAGAACACCACCCUCCCCACCGGCGGUGGCCCCGACGGCACGGAGCCCGUGUACGUCAGGAAGGGCCAGGCCGUGUUCUACAGCACCUUUGUGAUGCACCGCCGGCAAGAUCUCUGGGGCCCCGACGCGGACGAGUUCCGGCCGGAGCGCUGGGAGUCGCGCAAGCCCGGCUGGGAGUACCUCCCGUUCAACGGUGGCCCGCGCAUUUGCAUCGGUCAGCAGUUCGCUCUGACGGAAGCUGGGUAUGUGAUGGUGCGCUUGUUGCAGCGGUUCGACCAGAUCGAGGGGGUCGGCAAGACGGCUGAGGGCGAGAUCGCCAUGGGGGUGAACCUGACUCUGGCUCCGGGCGACAAUGUGACGGUGCGGUUGCACGAGGGUAAUUAG